AUGGAUAUGGAAAUUAAAGAGUUUGAUAAAUUGUCAGGGUUUAGAAUUAAAUGCACAAAGGAUUUGAUUUUUAAGGGAAGUAUAAGUGCUAUUGUUGGUAUGAUAUUAGGUAUAAUGUGUUCACUGAUAGUUAACUGUACGUUAGUUGAAGUUUCCUUAUCGAAAUUUUUUUCUAUGUACUUUGGUAUAUUAUUUAUAAUAGUUGGAAUUAUAAUUUUCUGGAGAUUAACUGCUAACGUAAUUGAUGAAGCAGAAAAUAGAAGAAGUCAACUGAUGAUCUUAGCAGCAUUGAUAGUAUUUUCGGGGAUUUUAUGCUUAUUUUUUGAUCGCUCUUGGUUAUUUUCCUUAUCACCCUUAUCAAAAGUUCCCAUUUAUUGUAUAUUGGGAAUUAGCAUAUCUUUUGCCUUAACAUUCAGCUUAAUAGAUUUGAUAAAUUACUUAAUAGGCUUUAUUGAAGGAUCGAUAACAAGACCGUUUAUUGAAUCCGUAGCUCAGGUGUAUUUGAUAUUAUUAUUCACCAUAACAAUGGGAGGAAUAUUCGGAUUUAUUUUUGGACUUUUGGAUGUAGAAGAUGAAUCGUCUCAUCAUAUUCGCUUGGCAUUGAUGAAGGCUGAAAAUUGUUGUUUUCCCUUGGGCGCCAUUUUAGGAGGAAUAGCUGGUUUUGGAAAUGAAAUUUUUAGGCAACAGAGCGAGGCGUACAAAAUAGAAAACGUUACUGAAUUUGAUGAUGAAGUUUGA